AGCUCGGUGCAGGACUGGGGGGAGGAGGUGGAGGAGGGCGCGGUCUACAACGUGACGCUGAAGAGGGUCCACAUCCAGCAGGCCGCCAACAAGGGAGCAAGAUGGCUGGGGGUGGAAGGCGAUCGCCUGCCUCCCGGGCACACCGUCAGCCAGCUGGAGACCUGCAAGAUCCGGAGCAUCCGGGCGGGAACGCUGGAGCGGCUGGUGGAGACGCUGCUGACGGCUCUGGGGGACAACGACCUCACCUACACCUCCAUCUUCCUGUCCACGUACCGCGCCUUCGCCAGCACGCAGACCGUCUUCCAGCUGCUCCUGGACAGAUAUGGAAGUGUGGAAGAAGAUGGAGGAGAGACCCACAAAGGCCAUGGCUCUGAAACCAAAGGUGCUAUCAGGAAUGCCUUGGCGUCCAUCCUGCGCGCCUGGCUGGACCAGUGUCCCGAGGACUUCCAGGAGCCCCCGGACUACCCCUGCCUCCAGCGGAUGAUCGCCUACCUGCGGAGGACGCUGCCCGGCUCGGAGCCCCUCCGACGGGCUCAGGGGCUGCUGGAGCAGCUGCAGCGCCAGGCCACGGCGGACGAGGCGGACGGCGGUUUCCAUAGCAACAGCCCUUUCUGCCUGGGCGAGGGAGAAGAAGUGGAGGUGAACGUCCAGGAGGACUUCCUGUCCUUCGACGCUGACCUUGUGGCGGAGCAGUUGACCUUCAUGGACGCGCUGCUGUUCCAGAAGGUGGUGGCCCACCAGUGCCUGGGCUCCACCUGGUCCCAGCGGGACAAGAAGCAGAAGAAGCAGGGGGGCGCGCCCACCAUCCGGGCCACCAUCACCCAGUUCAACGCCGUGGCGGCGUGCGUGCUCAGCACGGCGCUGAGGCACCGCCACAUCAGGCCGCACCUCCGCGCCCGCGUCAUCCAGCGCUGGAUCGACAUCGCCCAGGAGUGCCGCAUCCGUAAGAACUUCUCGUCGCUGCGUGCCAUCGUGUCGGCCCUGCAGUCCAACCCGCUGUACCGGCUGAAGAGGGCCUGGGCCUGCGUGCACAAAGACAGCAUGCAGACCUUUGAGGAGCUGUCGGACAUCUUCUCGGAGCACAACAACUACCUGACGAGCCGGGAGCUGCUCAUGAGGGAGGGCACCUCCAAGUUCGCCAGCCUGGACAGCCGAGACAAGGAGCACCACAAGCGCUCCCAGAAGAGGCUGCAGCUGCAGAGAGACACGGGUGCGAUGCAGGGGACCAUCCCCUACCUGGGCACCUUCCUCACAGACCUGACCAUGCUGGACACCGCCCUGCCCGACUUCGUGGAGGGGGGGCUGAUCAACUUUGAGAAGAGACGCCGGGAGUUCGAGGUGAUAGCUCAGAUCAAGCUGCUCCAGUCUGCCUGUAACAGCUACUGCCUGACCCCCGAGCCCGCCUUCCUCAAGUGGUUCAGGAUUCAGCCGCAGCACAGCGAGGAGGACAGCUAUGCGCUGUCCUGUGAGAUCGAGGGUCUUGGCGACAGCAGUCCCACGUCCCCCAAACCCCGCAAGAGCAUGGUGAAGAGACUGAGCCUUAUGUUUCUGGGCGGGGAUGUGGCGGCAGCCAGCUCUCCGGUCAGAGAGACUCCCCGGUCGCCCCCUACUGGCAGCUCCGGGGAGAGCAUGGACUCCGUGAGCGUCUCGUCCAGCGACUCGGGCAGCCCGUCGGACAGCGACGGCCUGGCCCCCGUCCACUCCUCGGACGGCCAGCAGAACAAGCUCUCCGAGUCGUCCUCCUGCACCUCCCUCCACUCCAUGGACACCAGCUCCUCCUCCGCCAGCGUUGCCGUGACGCCCGCCUCCCCGUCGCUCCCCGGCCCCCCCUGUGCCCACCGCCGCUCCCUCUCCCUCACCCCCAUGACCCCCACCUCCCCGGCCCAGUCGCCGGCCUACAACCACCAGGCCCAGGACGCCUGCAUCAUCAGAGUCAGCCUGGAGCAGGGCAACGGCAACCUGUACAAGAGCAUCCUGCUGACCAGCCAAGACAAGACCCCCGCAGUCAUCUCCAGGGCCAUGGCCAAGCACAACCUGGAGACGGAGCCCGACGACGGCUAUGAGUUGGUGCAGGUCAUCUCAGAGGAGAGGGAGCUGUUGAUCCCGGACAACGCCAACGUCUUCUACGCCAUGAACACCUCGGCCAACUUCGACUUCCUGCUGCGCGUGCGGGGCUCGGUGGGACGUCCCGUCCAGCUGCGCAGCCGCUGCAGCGCCUCUCUGCCCCGGGGGGCGGGGCACCGCGCCAGCCUCUCCCUCCGCCUCAGCAGGGUGCCCUUGUGAGGGGGGGGGAGGGGGGGGGGGGGGACCCCGGCGCCCCCCCCUCACCCCCCCCUCAGCCCCCCCACCACAGGUCUGCCGACGGACGGUUUGACGAGCGACGGAGCGUGGAUUGAUUGAUUGAUUGAUUAUUGAUCUCUUCAGCUCAAAGGAGCUCUAAGGGAUCGUCUACGGAGAGACGUUUUAAGAGAGAGACGCCGUUGGACCGGCGUGACCUUUGGUUUAACCUCAACCGUAACCUGGUUUGACCUCUCCAAGCCCCCUCAGGGACUAACGGGGUCUCAGCGCUCCUCUGACGCUGUGACUGGAGAGUGAAACAGUGCCCUCUAGUGCUCAUUUUGCACACUGCAGGAGCGCCCUGGCUCCCAAGACCGCCAACAGUAUUCUUUUUGAAGUAUCUCCUAUAAUGGUUUCCUAUGAUGGCCGCGUUUCAGCGAAUUGGCUUGAUAAUGUGAGGGGAGCGCGGGGAUGUCUCCCAUCACUUGUUGAUGAAUGAAUGGACUCCUGUAUUCUUCGGUAUGCUGAUGAAUUGAUUAUUGAAUUGAUUGAUCUAUGUUUGGCAGGAGCUGUGACAUCAUGUUAUAAACGCUUUCCUACUGUCUUUAACCCUUGUGUGCACAGUGUGCACUAAAGCGCUAUCCCUCUCAUAUUGUGAGCUGUGUGACGAAUGCAGUGUGCUCGCAUUCUGAUUGGUUCCCUUACUUGGUUUUAACAAGUCCCUAACAAGUACUGAGAUUGCCUUAACGGCCCUAUAUUCAGGGCAUGGAAAACGGAUUUCAGCUGCGUUCCUUUCAACCAAGUGGUAUUUUCCACGACCCUACUCGGAUCCAAAAUAAAAAUAAAGAGACGGGGUCUAGUGGUACAGCUCACUUGAUUGGAUGACAGAGUCUGGGAACGAAUGCCUGCGUUCCCCUGAUUGGCCUUCAUGGUUCGACUCUCUAGAGCUGCAGGAUGUAAAUAGAUCGGAGAAGGAUGAAUCGAUCGCUUUGAGGUUGAGUCACUUCUCACUGAAUGAAUUGCUUUGUAUUUUGUAUGAGUUUUCUUUCUUUAUGUCUUUGUACCUUAAAGGCCAGAAAAAGAAAAAUAACAACUGUUAUAUUGUCAGAUAAAUGCUAGUGCCAGAUCUUUUUUUUUCCACUAUUAUUUCAUUAGAAUAUCUCAGAGGGACACACACACACACACACACACACACACACACACACACACACACACACACACACACACACACACACACACACACACACACACACACACACACACACACACACUUCUAAUCUAAACUGCUGGCUCGUGUUGUACCUGUUUACGGCCUUAAUGUCAUCCAGCAGCACUUACCAGACCGUCAUGGAACAGCCCUCAGUUCCUUUUUUCUUCACUGCCAAAGACUCCUCUUCCUCAUCCUCCACCUAAAUAAAUUAUUAUCAUUAACUUCCA